AUGAGUAAGCUGAAAGAGUUUGGAGCAGUAGUGAGCUUCAAGCUCAAUAAGCAGAAGACAAAAAUAUUAACUAAGAAUAUGAAACCCCAAGAACAAAGAACAUUGAUAGAGAAGACAGGUUUUAAAAUUGAGAAGAAGCUGGCUCAGACUGAGUGCAAGGACUAUUCUGCAACUUGCACCACUAAUGAUCUCUUCCAGAUUCCAUACACGUAUUGUAAAAUAGGUGACAUAACCAUUGGUGAGAUAAGUACCCAGUUUGACUUCUUGUUUGAAACAAUGUCCUUCAAUGAACACCCCAAAACCAAGCUUGGAGAUGAACUCAUCUCAAUGACAAAAAACUACCAGCAUGUCUGUUCGUUGAUAUUUGCUGUGAAGCAGAUCAAUGAGAACUCCAAGAUCUUACCAAAUGUCAGCCUGGGGUUCCACAUCUAUGACAAUUACUUAAGUGCAAGGAUGACUCAUCAGAACACCUUGAAGCUGCUAUCUGCCCAGGACAGGAUUGUCCCCAAUUACAACUGUGACAGCAAAAAUCAUCUGAUAGCUGUCAUUGGAGGAUUUGACUCUGAAAUCUCUCUUCACAUGGCUACUAUCUUAAGCACGUACAAGAUUCUGCAGAUUGCGUACUGUGUAUUAGCACCAGCAAUGAAUGAUAAACACAACCUCCCUUCAUUCUACAGGAUGGUUCCCAGUGAAGCAUUUCAGUACAGAGGGAUUGUUCACCUCCUUCUGCAUUUCCAGUGGGUGUGGGCUGGGAUCAUUGCGUCUGAUGAUGAUAAAGGAGAACAGUUUCUGCUAGCAUUGCUUCCAAUGCUUUUCCAACAUGGAAUCUGCACAGCUCUCAUUAAAAAAACAAUAACCCUCACUGAUGUUUUAGAAAACAUGCAGUCAUUACAACCCCUCAUUGACAUGACUUCAUCACUGAUCAACUCCAGUGUAAAUGUAUUUGUUGUAAAUGGAGACCAGAUAACCAUGUCUUGUUUGAAAUGGAUGAUAUAUAUUUAUGGAACUGUAGGAGGCCAUAUCCAGCUAUCUUUAGGUAAAAUGUGGAUUAUGACAGCCCACUGGGAUUUCUCAACAGAGACAUUUCACAGGGAUUUUGAUACAUAUGUCUUCCAUGGUGCCUUGUCUUUGGCAGUACGCUCAAAUGAAGUACUGGGGUUUAGGGAAUUUCUGCAGCAGCUGAAUCCUAACUUGCCAAAAGGAGAUGAGUUUAUCCAGAUCUUUUGGGAACAGGCAUUCAAUUGCCUGUUUUCUGAUUCAAAUGAAGACAAUGAGGACUCAAAUACUUGUACUGGCCAAGAGAAACUGGAGAACCUCCCUGCAACUCUUUUUGAAAUGCGCAUGACUGGCCAAAGCUACAGCAUCUACAAUGCAGCCUAUGCCAUAGCACAUGCUUUACAGAAGAUGUUGUCAUCUACAACUAAACUAAGACCAACAAUGGAUCACAGUCGAAAGGGUCCUCCAAAUUUGCAACAUUGGCAGAUACACCCUUUCCUGAGGAGCAUCUCAUUUAACAACACUGCUGGGGACUUAGUGGCUUUCGACGAGAAUCAGGAGUUAGCAGCUGGGUUUGAUAUUAUAAACUGGGUUAUUUUCCCAAACAAAUCCUUCUUAAGAGUAAAAGUUGGAAGCAUGGAUCCACAAGCUUUUUUGGGCCAAAGGCUCACUAUUAAUGAAGAGGCCAUCACAUGGCCCAGCUCGUUUAAUCAGGUGGUACCUGUUGCCCUGUGUAAUGAUAAAUGCCAUCGAGGUUACAGAAGAAAAAAGAUAGAGGGGAAGCCAUUUUGCUGCUACAGUUGUGUUCCCUGUCCUGAUGGGAAGAUUUCAGACCAGACAGACAUGGAUGGCUGUUUCCAGUGCCAAGAAGAUCAAUUUCCAAACCAAAGCAGAGACAAAUGCCUUGCCAAAAAUAUAAACUUCCUCUCUUUCAUGGAGACAUUAGGGAUGAUAUUAGCUUUUUGGGCUCUAUUUUUUUCUCUGAUUACAAUUUUUGUGCUGGGAAUUUUUAUUAAGUACAAGAACACUCCCAUUGUUAAAGCCAACAACUGGUAUCUCACCUGUUCUCUGCUCAACUCCCUCUUGCUGUGCUUCCUCUGCUCCUUGCUGUUCAUCGGCCAGCCUCAAACACUGACCUGCUAUCUAAGACAAAUUGCUUUUGGCAUCAUCUUCUCAGUAGCUAUUUCUUGCAUAUUGGCAAAAACCAUCACUGUGGUUCUGGCUUUCAUGGCCACCAAGCCAGGAUCCAGGAUGAGGAAAUGGGUGGGGAAAAGAUUGGCUAGCUCUAUUGUUUUCAGUUGUUCCCUUAUCCAAGCCAUUAUUUGUGCUACUUGGCUAUGUGCUGCUCCUCCGUUCCCAAAUUUUGACAUGCAUUCCCUUGCUGAAGAAAUCAUACUGGAAUGCAAUGAAGGUUCAGACGUGAUGUUUUAUUGUGUUUUUGGCUACCUGGGAUUUCUGGCCUUUGUCAGCUUUACGGUGGCUUUCCUAGCCAGGAAGUUGCCAGAUAGUUUCAAUGAAGCCAAGUUUAUAACUUUCAGCAUGUUUGUAUUUUGCAGUGUUUGGUUGUCUUUUAUUCCAUCGUACCUGAGCACCAAGGGGAAAUACAUGGUUGCUGUGGAGAUCUUCUCCAUUUUGGCCUCUAGUUCGGGAUUACUAGGUUGUAUCUUUUUUCCUAAAUGCUACAUAAUUAUCCUGAGGUCUGACUUGAACCACAAAGGCCAGCUAAUAAGGAAAAAUAUUUAA